AUGUUGACAACGGCGUACAAGAAGUGGAAGAUAGAGAGAGCACACAAACAGAGCAUGUUCACCUGUUCCAAACAUUACCUAGAAAACAUUUUACCAAAGGGUACACUACCUGAUACCGGGGUAAGGUCUAGACUGGUGAUAAAUGUGGUCGCAGGAAGGCAUUGCUUGGAGAGAAGAUCACCAAGAGAGAGAGAGAGAGAAGUUGAGAAAGAUAGUAGACGGAAAGAAGGUUCUUGUGGUGGCCGGAAAAGGAAUGAAAGGAGGUGGACAGAGGAGCGAAUAAAGGAGAUCGAGAAGAAAAUGAGGAAGAUGUGGGGGAAAGAAAAACUAAGAGAUGAUAUUUGA